AUGAAUGAACGAAGAAGUCAGGCGCUGGCCACAGCAUUGUUGCAAACAGCCGCGAGGAGAGCAGUGUGGACAAGCCACGAAGCGCAAUCAGAUGAUGACGACCCUUUGCUGACGCUUUUAACGCGAUCGUGGAUGACAACCAUUAUGCAGGCCGUGGGGGAUGAUGUCAGUGUUGCAACGCACGAUGCCGCACUCAUUAGCAAAGAUGACAACAAGGCGGCGAUGACGGCGGCUGGCAUUACUUGCAUAUGUAUACAUGUGCAUGUGCGAGCAUGGAAGAAUGCAUUACUUAAUGAAAUUCGGAAAUUUGGUAAUCAUAAUAGUAAUAAUAAUGGCGAUGCUAAUGCUAAUGGUAAUCUUAAUGGUAAUGGAAAUUGUAUUGGUAAUGGUCAUGGUAAUGGUAAUGACAAGAUUAAUGGUAAUGGUAAUGACAAUGGUAAAGUAAUCGGUAAUGGUAAUGGACAAGGUAAUGGUAAUAGUAAUGGUCAAGGUCACGGUAAUGUUAGGGUCAUUGGUAAUAGCAACGGUAAUGGUCAAGGUAAUUGUUUUGGUAUUGGUAUUGGUAAUGGCGAUGAUGCAUAUUACUAUAGUACUUGUAUAUGUAUGCAUGGGCAUAUGCGAGCAUGGAAGAAUGCAUUACUUAAUGAAAUUCGGAAAUUUGGUAAUCAUAAUAGUAAUAAUAAUGGCGAUGCUAAUGCUAAUGGUAUUGGUAAUGGUCAUGGUAAUGGUAAUGACAAGAUUAAUGGUAACGGUAACGGUCUUAAAGACAAUCGUAAUCUCAAUGGUAAUGACAAUGGUAAUCUCAAUGGUAAUGGUAAUUAUAAUGAUAAUGAUUAUAUUAAAGGUAUUGGUAUUGAUCAUGGUCAUGGUAGAGGUAAUGACAAUGGUAAAGUUAUCGGUAAUGGUAAUGGUCAAGGUAAUGGUCAUGGUCAUGGUAAUGUUAGGGUCAUUGGUAAUAGUAAUGGCAAUGGUAACGUAUUGGCCUAUUGA